GGCAGCGUGUGAGGAUUUUUUGCAAACUAGGAGAAUCUGGCACAGGAGGAAGGUGAUCCAUUGGUCCAGAUAGAGGCUGUUUGGAGAGGAAGGAAGGAUGAAGGGAGAGCCAGAAUCCGUUGGCCGAGAAGCAAGAGAAGGCCCUGAUGCCACCGAGGCUGGGAGCGGAAGGGACAUGGUGGAAGGAACCAUGCAGAAGAGCCUGCUGGGAGAGGAUUUUCCCCCUUCAGAUGUGCAGUGCCAGCAAUUCAGGCACUUCCACUACCCGGAAGUGGAAGGACCCCGAGAGGCUUGCAGCCGACUGCACCAUCUUUGCCAGCAGUGGCUGAAGCCAGAAAGGCACAGCAAGAAGGAGAUCCUGGACCUGGUGGUCUUGGAGCAAUUCCUGGCCAUCCUGCCCCCGGCGAUGGAGAUCUGGGUCAGGGAAUGCAGGCCGAAGACCAGUUCCCAGGCAGUGGCCCUGGCAGAAGGCUUCCUCCUGAGCCAGGCAGAUGCCAAGAUUCAGGAGCAGCAGGUGCAGAAAAACAUUGUGCAAGAGCAUUACCACAGAGGAGCUUUUUUGGGUGAUUCCUUGAAACCAAUGAAGUAUCCUUUCCCAUCUCUUUGCGGCAGAGAGAAAGCAGCUCCUCUACAGUCAGAUGGGUCUCUGGUGACCUUUGAGGAGGUAUCUGUGCAUUUCACUGAGGAGGAGUGGGCUUUGCUGGAUCCAGGGCAAAGAAGUCUUCACAAAGAAGUCAUGGGGGACAAUUAUCAAGCUGUGGCCUCUCUUGAGGCUGUUGGUCCCCAUAAAAAGCCUAAGAAAGAACCUCAUCAGCUCCCAUUGAAAAGGGAACAGCAAAGACGAUGGAAGAGGAGGAAUGAAUCAUCUGCUUCUCAGGGUGCUGAAUCCCAGGACAUCCUGCCAUUCCAUGGAAGAAUCACUUGCCCCAUAUGUAGAAAAGGAUUCCUUUGCCAAUCAGUGUUUGAUAUACAUUGGAGAAAACACACAGGAGAUAAACCACAUCAAUGUGUGGACUGUGGAAAGAGCUUUGUUUACAGUACAGAGCUUACUGUCCAUCGACAUAGCCAUACAGGUGAGAAACCAUUUAAAUGUGUAGACUGUGGAAAGACCUUUACUCAGAGUACGCAGCUUACUGUCCAUCAACGUAUGCACACAGGGGAGAAACCUUUUAAUUGUAUGGACUGUGGAAAGAGCUUUGCUCAGAGGACGAAUCUUACUAAGCAUCGACGUAUCCAUUCAGGAGAGAAACCUUUUAAAUGCGUGGACUGUGGAAAGACCUUUGCUCGGAGUUUCCAGGUUACUGAGCAUCGACGUAUCCAUACCGGGGAGAAACCAUAUAAGUGUGAGGACUGUGGAAAGAGCUUUGCCCGUUGUUCAAACCUUAUUGUCCAUCGACGUAUUCAUUCAGGAGAGAAACCUUUUAAAUGUGUGGACUGUGGAAAGAGCUUUGCUCGGAGUACGAAUCUUACUGUCCAUCGACGUAUCCAUUCAGCAGAGAAAUCUUUAAAAUGUGUGGUCUGUGAAAAGACUUUUGCUCAGCAUAUGCAGCUUACUGUCCAUCGACGUAUCCAUUCAGGGGAGAAACCUUUUAAAUGUGUGGACUGCGGAAAAAGCUUUGCUUGGAGUACGAAUCUUACUGUCCAUCAACGUAUCCACACAGGAGCUAAACCAUAUAAGUGUGUGGACUGUGGAAAGAGCUUUGCUGAGAGUAUGCAUCUUACUAUUCAUCAACGUUUCCAUUCAGGGGAGAAACCUUUUAAUUGUAUAGACUGUGGAAAAACCUUUGCUCGGAGUGCACAGCUUACUGAGCAUCGACGUAUCCAUACCGGGGAGAAACCAUAUAAGUGUGAGGACUGUGGAAAGAGCUUUGCUCGUUGUUCAAACCUUAUUGUCCAUCGACGUAUCCAUUCAGGGGAGAAACCGUUUAAAUGUGUGGAAUGUGGAAAGAGCUUUGCUCGGAGUACAAAUCUUACGGUUCAUCGACGUAUCCAUUCGGGGGAGAAGCCUUUUAAAUGUCUGGUCUGUGGAAAGACUUUUGCUCAGCGUAUGCAGCUUACUGCCCAUCAACAUAUCCAUACAGGGGAGAAACCUUUUAAAUGUGUGGACUGUGGAAAAUGUUAUGCUCGGAGAACAAAUCUUACUGUCCAUCGACAUAUCCAUUCAGCGGAGAAGCCUUUUAAAUGUGUGGACUGUGGAAAGACUUUUGCUCAGCGUAUGCAUCUGACUGUCCAUCAACGUAUCCAUACGGGGGAAAAACCAUAUGAAUGUGUGGAUUGUGGAAAGGGCUUUGCUCAGAGGACACAGCUUAGAGCCCAUCAACGUAUCCAUACAGGGGGAAAACCAUAUAAAUGUGAGGAUUGUGGAGAGGGCUUUGCUCAGAGGACACAGCUUACAGCCCAUCAACGUAUACAUUCAGGAGAGAAACCAUUUGAAUAUGUCGACUUCAAUACAGCGCUACUACUAGAAAAACAAGUUAAGGCAGCUGCAAAAAAAUGCUUUUUCCAACUUCACUCUAGCCCGGAAGAUGGCUUUUUACCUCGAGAAGGCCGACCUGGCCAACUGGACCCAUGCCAUGGUAACAUCAAAACUUGACUACUGUAAUGCACUAUAAAUUGGUCUCCCAUCUAAGUUAACUAAGAGGCACCAAUUGGUCCAAAAUGCUGCAGCUUGACUGUUAUCAGGAAUGAACAGUCGCAUGAACAUCAUUCUCAUUCUACAAUCACUCCAUUGACUGCCUAUCAGUUACCAUGCUCAGUUCCAAGUAUUGGUUAUGACAUACAGAUCUCUUCACACCCUUGGUCUGUCUUACCUACGGGACCACCUCCCUCCCUAUGCUCCUCCAUGGCAGCUUCACUUAUCUGAACAGGGUCAUCUGCAGGUGCCACCCUGCACAUGGGUGAAAUCAACAGCAGCCCAUACAUGGGCAUUCUCUGUGAUGCUCCCUACCCUGUGGAACUGCCUGCCGAGGAGGUCAAGAGAACCCCUACACUCCUGGCUUUCUGCAAACGAUGUAAAACUGAAUGAUUCAAAAAGGGUUUCUACUCAGAUAGGAAGGCUGUAUUGUAGAAAGGGAGCCUCAAAUGCUUUGCUAAUGAGUAAGGGACCUUAGAAUUCACCACUAUUGUGCCUUACAUAUUAUUUGUUGCUUAAAUAUGUACUCCAUGCACUACCUGUGCUUCAUGGGGUCUAAUGUCAGUCCUAGAACUGAUUAGGUUUUGUUUCAGCCUUUCUUCAGCUCUGUAUUGGAUCCUUGCUAAUGUUUUUUUCUUUCUAAUUAUUUACCCUAUGUCAUUGUUUAUGGAAAUGUUCUUGGCAGUAUAUGGAAAUUUCCUUGAUACUGUAUAGAUAUGUCCUUGAUACUGAUUGUACUAGUCUCACACUAUGUAAUCUGCCUUGAGUCUCAGUGAGAAAGGCGGACUAUAAAUCACAUAAAUGGGCCCAAAGGCAGCCAGCAACCUUGUUACCCAAAUAGCUACAUAUGGGAUUUGAACCUGGUUCUCUGAGAUGCAAAUAUCACUGUGAUCCAGUUUCUCUUUAAAACUGCAAUUGCAAGAAAAGUUAUUCCAAUCUAAACCCAUUGAGGUCAGUGGGCUUGGACUGGGUUAACUACUCUUCAAAUUGCACUGGAUGUGACCCAUCAAGCCAAAUGUUACAAAUAUGCAAUGAAGCAACAAAGCGGCUCUUAGCAAGUGCAUAACAGAACAAAUGAGCUGAAAAAACACACAGAAAUCGCUGGUUUGUCAGUUAAAGGGGUUUCUGGAACGGCAGAACAAAAUCGGGAAACAAGACAGUAAUGAGUCCCCACCCACCCGCCUAAAAGUUCUUGUGUUUUGUUUUGGUUCUUAACAACACAGCAGCAGUGCAUGAGGCUGUCCAGCCAGGCAGUGCAAGCUCAUAGACAACAUCUUAUUUUCCUUAAUAGCCAACUGCCUGCAUGCAACCAGUCAGGGGAGUGACUGAGCCCUGGUGUAGUGUGGCAUGGUGUUGUCAGGUUCUGCUAGGUAAAUCUCAAUGACUGCACUGCAUGAGUCCAGAACUGCAUGAGUUAAAGUUUUAUUGAUAAUUUACGGAUUCGGCUAUCCAGUACAGCUUCAUUGCUAGGAGUGGAAACCUACACCAAGCCCCAAGCCCUAGACUACAGCCCAGUCCGCACCCCCUCAACUGCCAGCGUUCUGAGUUCCCACUUCCCAUCCCCUAUGUGUAAA